AUGAGCGACAGCCUGAAGUAUUCAAGUUACGUCAGUGCCUUCGAAGAUGCUUUUUGCAUGCAGUUGAGACGUUGCCGCCGUCGGAUUUACCCAUCAUGUCAAAGGAACGCUGUUAAGGUCCACAGUGCUGGUUGCACAGAUACAAGGCAUGUAAAGGUGUUAAAAUGUGAGAACAAGCGAAGUCGUAAGCCGCUCGCCCCUCGCAACGACUCUGAAGAGCACGAGUCGGACGCUCCGGAACCAGACACCUCAUGGCAUAGCGAAGUGUUCGGCGACGGGUGCGCGUACUGGCACCCGGAGCUGUUACAGCUCGUUGAAAAGUACAUCAAGCACAAUCUGAGACACGACAAUGGCGGUUUGCAUUUGCGUAGAGCGUAUCUUGACCACCUGUCUUCGCUGCUACUCCGAUGCGUUUUCCGGGCCAAGCUCCAACAUGUGCACCGAGAUAUCGACGAAGUGGUCAAGGUGUUGCGGGUACCGCCAACUCUGCACACCGCUCUCGAUCUCGAGGGGCGUCACGGGGGCCACCUCGCCCAUCCUAGGAUGAGCCGCAACCUGGAUGGUUGUGAGAUUUUGCUCGUGAAAUCACUGUUGUCCAGAACGGUGACAGAUUUGUCGUCAGAAUACAGUGACAUAAGUGACUUCGGAGGGGUGCUGGGUUGCAUUGACGUGCAGGUAGAGCGCCUGUGCAGCGCUGGUGUUAAGUUGUUGCUCUGCAGCAAAAACAUAUGUGCGGAUAUCAGCCAGAAGUUCCACUUGAGGGGAAUAUGCUGUGUGAGCAACGUGGAUUAUGAGGUCUUAUCCCAGCUGGCGUUGGCACUGGAAAGACCCUCGGUUGACAGUCUUGACAAGUGCUUCGACAUUCCAAAUUACAUGGGCCAUAUCGAUAGCUUCCACUUCGUACAGAAGGGUGGUGAGAGUGUGGCGGCCAUAUCUGUCAAUGCCAAUUUUCACGGAUGCACCAUCCUGUACUCCACGUCACGCCUCAGCCGUGCCAACUCGAUCCGAUUAAAGGAACUACUCAGGACCGCAUUGUUUCGUCUGCAGGGAGUAUUUGAGGAACUAAUGUUCGUGAAAGAUUUGGGAGGCAGUUUGGAUGUUGGUAAUGCAACAUCUUUUCACCUCGAAUCGGCCCGUGGCGUGCUGUCACGUCGCUCCAGCAUAUCCAUUGGACCAGACGCCAGGUUACAAGACUACAAGUCGACUUCAUUAGUUCCUUCACCGUGCUCAGCUAUAAGCGGCGUUGAUCCUGACCCAUCACCAAGACCCACUCUGCUGGGAGCUGUGGUUAAUUCACGCCGGCAAACAAUCUCUGGGUGUUCCAAGCGUUUUCGAGGCAUCGUUCGAGGGUCGCAUGAUAAUGGUAUAUUUAAGCCAAUUAAAGGCACUGCAAACAAUGGGCGUCAAGUGCAUCUUCAUUUUUCGGAUUGGUUGUCACAGCACCUGCUUGGGGUUCCCGCAGUGCCUCCCGCAAUCGCCGACAACCAGGCUGAUCCAUGCAGUGAUCUGAAGGAGCGAUCAGUCUUACACUGCUUCGAGUAUUUUACCAAGUUCAGUGAUAUUUGCGGGGAUGUGACGCGUAGAACAGUGCCAGUAGGUAGGUACACCGCCGGGUCUUUUGUGAGCGACUUCGUGCUUGCUUACGGCCGCCAUCUGCGUCGGGACAACUGUUUGUCGUCUGCAGGCUGUUCUGAACAACUCUCCAGGCAUGUUAUGCACCUCGAAACAUCCAAUUUUGCUGCGCCAGUGCAGCAUAAACGCCUUAGAGUGCUGGUGGACAAUCGAGACACUGGUCUGCGACCGGCUGAAAACGGUUCUGCCUUUUUCAUCCACAUGCACUGCCGGUCAUGCGGGAAGGCUGAAAUACUGCCAGUUAACGACCUAACAUUCGGUCGGUUUGUGCACCUGCUGCUCUACAACCGGUGUUACACAUCGAAGUGUGGUCACAAUCUUUUCGGCGGUCACGAUUUCUCUUUGCGGGCUGAAAGGUUCACCUUGUACAUGCAAGUGGAAGACAUCACAAACUACCAAAUAGGAGCUUGGUUUGACUCCAAGUUGCUUAAUUGCGGGCUGGGUUUCAUGCCUCUCAGCUCUGCUGGCAUGAGCCACUACAACCGGCGUCUACUUCAAGUGUCUAACAAGCUGUUAAAGGUAUUUGAAAACUUCUCCGAUGUUGAUGUGGAUACUAAUUCGGCAUCGCCUGACGCUGUAUGUGUGGAAAUCUGGCCGAACCCUGCUUGCGCAUGCCCACCCACCUUCAACUGGGAACCUUACGACGAACAGGAGAUGGACAUGCUCUAUCUUAAAGAUCGUUCGUCGAUGUUUGGCAUUGCUCUGAGAAGCCUAUUUAAGAUGGUAAUGGCAUGUGUAAGUUCACGGUUUGCCGCAUGUGUUUCCACCAUUCGACUAGAGGACGUAUUGCCGUGCCGCUGCGAGUUGGGCGGUAAUUUUAGCAGCAGGACACUGGACAGUCGCAACCAAUGGUCAUCUGAAUUCGGAAUGAAAUCAGUGUCCCAACUUCUACAGCUGUUUGAGGAACGCAACGCUUUCGGCCUUUAUUUGCAUCCCCUGCUUUUAGAUGGAGUGGGGGCUACGUUCGGUAGUGCAAGCUGUUUUGGAUUUUGUGGAAGUUGUCAGAAAGCCAAAUUCUCAAGCGUCGCAGACAUCGAGAUCCUAAAUUGGAUUUACAUCUUCACAAGCGUUGUGAGAUGUUUGGGCGUAAAAGUGCACAAUCUUUCGGAUGCUCUACGUCAGAGCUUGGCACCGCAAACAUCGUCGCCAGCCGACCCUUCAACGGCCGUCACCUCAUCGAGAGCGAAAAUCAGAAAUACUUACAUCGUUCAAAACAGAGUGCUCAACAAGACCAUUGUAGUGCUCGACGAUUGCCUGCAGAGUAUCCGCAGCAUCUAUGAGCAAUGCGUUUCGCACCUGCUGUUCGCACAGUUCUGGUGCCCUUUGGAUCCUCUACAGAUUCUCAUGACUGUUAGAUCAUUCUUUGUUGCGUUGACUUCGCUUUGUAGAUCCAUUGUACGCCUUAUCUCCAUAGUCCCGGGUUCGGCACUGUUGAAGGCCAUGCGCUUCAUUGACACUGGCACCAUUGUUAUAGCUCAAAGAAGUAUGGAUGAUGAUAAAUACGCCAAACCGGAUCUUUCUCAUGGGUUCACCGUUGGCCAGCGCAUGAAAUCUGCAGGGAAUACCUCCGGAAGAGAUCGUCACCGCUCAAGCCUCACGCAUAACAUGGGUGAUAAAGUGAAUGAUGAUGUGUCUGUACCUUACGCUGAUGAUCACACUGAAGUCAAUGGAGGUUCAUCUACCGGAGAAGUGUCGAAAGGUCAGAACGUGGUGAGUGGUUAUGAUGCAUCUCGAAUGGAUGGUUCGGUUUCUGUAUCCCGUGUGGAGGACAGUAGCGGCCAGCAUCGCAAUACGAACGAUGGAUUAUAUACAGUUUGGGGUGCUAAAAUAACUCUACAACCAUUGCCAAGGCUUAGCGAAGCACAGCAGACCCGCGAUACGGAUGACCCAUCGGCGUAUGCAUCAUCUAGGAGUAGCUCUUCUACCUCGUCUACAGUUGCGGACGGCGAUUAUACGCUGCCCCAAUUUAUCCACCAUGCGCUAAAUACGUCCAUAGCUGCGGGAUUAGCCGGUCAAUCAGAGGAGUGGCUCGAGUCCCCUUCCUCCUUAUGGCACAUGCUAUCUCGGAUGCGUAUCGGAUGCCCCAAGCGGUUGUCCUCUGUUAUCAGUCUGAGUUACGGCAUAGUGCACAAUCUGAGGCGCGACAUAUGCAACGUCAUCUCCACGGCGUUGAUGUCUCCUGAAUACCUGGAACAAUGCAGCUCUCAUUUCCAAGGCCCCGUGUCGGGUAAUUUGUGCAGCAUGGGAAAGUGCCUGCUGAACUACUGUAAAAACCAGAACUACAGCAUUAUGGCUAAUAUAUCGUGCGGACCGCACAGGGAUGAUAUAUUCGGAUUCUCCGUAUCAAGUGCCGGGUUCUCCUCCUCAUCUGUGAAUGCCGACAGGCGGCAUGGAGGGCUGGUAAUGGAUUCCCUGAUCUUUCGCUAUCUGAAGCGCUACUCGCAUCUCUCCUCCCUCCUGGUGAACAGUGAAAACUUUAUUUUGCGUUCACAAGAAAUGGAAAAUAGUGGAACAUUGUCUGUGCGCAGGUGGGAUGACCUGCAUUCAUCGCUACCCAGUAGCCCCUGGUGCUCUAUGGCAGAGUCGGUGUCGGAGCUAGAUUCCGUCAACCUACUGUGUUUUUGGAAAUCUCUAAGGGUUUUAGGCGAUGAUCCAUUGCUGCAUCUGUCGAAAGACGGCGCAACCUUUUUCUGUCCGAUUACAAGACCGUGUUACGGCACGCCAGUCAUAUGUUGCAACCACCGCCUCUCCCAGUACCAAUGGAGCAAGCACGAAAAAGAGUUCACUAUGACACCUGUGAUGGACCAUUUGAUAAAGCUUCUCAAAGGGAACGUGGCGAGCAAACGGGAUGCGAUUCGUACCGUCGUUGAUUGGACAUGCAGGCAGCUGGAGGCAACCUGCUACCUACGUGCCCGCACUCACGCGAUGGUGGCAUACGUGGAGUUACAGGUUGAUUUCAUAUGCAAUAGAGAGUUCGUUAGGAUGCAAGGAACUGAAGAUUCCGAAUUGCCCUUCGCAGCAUUUAGUGUUGAAUGCUACGCACCGGGUGGCUAUACUCCAUGUUCCCCUUUUUUCCAAGAAACUCCCAGAGCAUUUCUGUCUCCUGGGCACCAGUAUUUCACACUCAGCUCAUUCAACUCAGGAGACAGCGAUUAUGUGGGCGUCAUUCGAGGGACUUCUCUCACGGAGCCUGUACUGCCGAUACCCGCUGCCAAACCAGACGGGGCAUUUCAGCGCCAUCGUCUCCCAGCCAGCAGCGAGAUUUCUAAGUGCGCUUCAGUCACGCUGACGUCCGCACAUACAAGCUGUGAUGUCACCAUACACUACCCGGAGGCUUUCCACAGUCUGCGUCAUCUUUCGUGUGGUGAUGAUACGAGCUUCGCGAGGUCACUCUGUCGCUCAUCGCGCCUACAGUCAUCCGGCGGCAAAAGCGGCGCUCCGUUGUUCGUCUCGCAUGACGGAAAAUUCAUAUUGAAAUUGCUCAACAAAUACGAGUUUCAACUGUUCGUGGAUAGUGGUGUUCGUUUCUUCGAACACCUGUUAAGCGGAGGCACACUGUUGAGUGUUCCACUGGGGCUGUUUUCCAUCCGUUACAGGAGCAGCGGCAAUACUGUGCGCUGCCUGGUGAUGCAAAACGUCGAUCACGUGCUCCUGUCGCACAAGUUGACGUUCGACCUGAAGGGCAUAUCGUUCAAACGAUGCGUCCACCUCAACCCCAACAACCACUCGUCCACGACGCUCACUUCUUCAGGUCGACCCACGCUUUUGUACGACAAUACGUCAGAAGAGAAUGCAGAAGCUCCAAAUCAGGUUGUGCUUUUGGACCAGAAUUUUAAGGACUUCACCAAUGGAUGCCCGAUUCGGCUGGAAGAAGCGUCUCUCUUACGCAUUUUGGAUUUUAUGCAACGAGAUCUGACGUUCUUGUCGCAACUCGACGUGGUGGACUACUCACUGCUGUUGCGGUUGUGCCCAUCGGAAGGUGUUGUAGUUCUGGGGAUAAUUGAUUACCUGCGCCCCUACACAUGGGACAAGCAGAUAGAGACUAUUGGAAAGAAGUUGGCCAACAUCGCCAUCGGACAGGAGCCGACCAUAGUCUCCCCUGUCGAGUACCGGUCGCGUUUCAUGCGCUUCUUCUCGCGCAUUUUCUGGUUGUCUCCUGAGGUGGAGCAGAGCGAUCCAACGCCAGUUCGCGUGCCCAAGCCCGUCAGGCAGGCGACGCCUGUAUGCAAGUGCUCGGUGUGCUGCGCCCUCAAAUCUCUGUACACGACGCCAUAUGUGAUGUCUUUGCCGCACUUCAUGCAGGGCACCUCCCCUCUGGCCAAGCGUUAUCUGCGCAACCUGAUCGCCACCAGCACUCCCUGCAAGUCCCCUACAGCAGCUGCAUCAGAGCUUGCGCAGCUGCUCCGGUCGAUUUAUGGCGAUGCGGUUUUAGACAUUCGGUACAGCAGCGUUUAA